GGAUCUCUAGUGAUGAAACGUGUCAUAUUGACGCAUCCCUCAUCUUGCCGAACAAUGUUCGGGUACAAGGAGAAUGCGAUCUGGGUAGGGAGCCCGGUACGAGGUAUAUGAAGACCUGGAUGGUAGGCCAGGAACUUCCCAUUCGCCCUGCCCGACGACCCACCCUCACCUAUCGAUCAAGUGAUAAGCAAUUGGUGAACAUGGAAAUAGCACACCUCCCAGUCGUGCCUCAUUCGCCGUUAUCCACAGAAGAUACGCAAGCCAGUGAAGGAGCAUCCACAGUGGGCCAGCGUCACUUCCCAGCUACUAGACCUCGACUCCAGACGUCUUAUGAAUGCAUCCACCAUGCAUUUGUGGUGCAUGCGCUCUGUCAUCCGCGCCUUGACGCUGUUGUAGACUCAGACGGCAAUGCGACGUCUUAUGUGCGGCUCCUGAUGCUAUCCGGACGGCUGGCCGCUCGAUUGCAGAAACAGGGAGUACGAAGAGGAACCCGCGUAUGCCUUGUCGUGCACCAUUCAAUCGGAUAUAUCGUCGGUAUGCUGGCGGUUCUUCGGCUGGGGCCACCUGCAUCCCUAUGGACGGCGGACACGUCACGGAAGAGGUAUUCUCUGCGAUCAUGAAAGACGCGGACCCAGCUUUCGUGUUGUUAUCCACACCAUACCUCACGCACGCUGCACAUAUCCGGACGCCAUACGGCUGCUUGGAAGAUACGAUGAUCGAGUGCUUGCAACCGCGGGGAAAUCCCUCGGUAGCGCAUGCCGAUGAUUGUCAGUCGGUCGAUGCCGCCUAUACAAUAUACGAGUUCGGUGAGUACGGCGUGCCAUACUUGCAA